CGUGUGUGCACGUGCGCUGUUUUGUGAUUUCAGAAGUUCACUGUGUUUCUGAGUGGACUCCUGCUGCUCUUUCUGCUUUUCGACUGGACAGAAGGUGAUGAAGAUGACACUGUGGACAUCAGUACUCUCACCCGUAUUAUUAACUUCUUCGAGCAGAACUACAAGAGAGUCAACGGGGUAUAUGAACGUCAGUACGCUGCAGCCAUCAAUGUGCCAAAGGAUCAGUGUCAACAGAACUUCAAUCAGAAAAAUGACUCAGGAGAAUGCGGUGACUGUGAGAAAUGCAAUUAAUGAUGACUCAAACGCACUUUACCAAGGUUCAGAGCUCAUCGCUGCAGGAACUAGGAAGGUUGUAUAUAAACAGAAGCAAUACAACAGGCAUUCAGAGUAUCUCCUGCUGAAUCCUGCUAACAACUCACCCAUGACCAGACUUUUGAACAGAAGAAAUCACGGCUGUUCUGUUUUCUACACAUUUAAUUUGGAUGCGACAGGCAGACACAGCAUUAUACAGGCUCUGAAGAACUGGAAAAGACAUGGUGGAAUUAAAGCUUUUGUCUUCAAGCAAUUCUGGAAGUAUGAUGAAACAAACACAGAAAAAGAUCUUCAGGCUGAGUUUAAGCAGAUUGUGGCUCAUGUUCCUCUCUUCCGCUGUGUGAGUGAGAAUCAGUGUUAUGCUUGUAAAGGGGAAGGAAACACUCCCAUAGACGCACACUGUCUGCCUCCAAAAGAGAUCAGUAGUGAACUGUAACAUUACAGGUCUUGUGAUUCUGUAUUAAGAUCUAUUCUCUUUUGUUUUAAAAUUCAGUAUGCAUAGAUUAACUAGUGAAAUCCAUUUAAAAAUAAUCUUGCUGUGGCAAGCAUUUUUGCAAAAAUUAUAGUAUCCUCUAUUGCAUUAGAAAU